CACAAAAUAAAAAAGAAUUCAAAAUUACUUCAUAAUGCAUCGAUCCGAUUCAAUACGAAGGGAUCGUUCCUUCGAUAGUGUAUUGAAUAAAUUAAUGCGCAUUCGCUCGCAGAAUCAUGAAAGCUUUAAGGCGGCAAUGUAUAAUUUCCUUAUCGCAGCCGGUGUUGCAGCAUUUGUGGCGGUAUGUUUUAUACUCGGCCCCUUUGUACGACCAUUGCUAUGGGCCUUUUUAAUGGGUGCCGUAUUGUUUCCAUUUAAACGAAAAUUGGCUCAAUUAUUGAAUAAUUGGUUUGAAAAACUCGAAGAAAGAGAUUCAAACGUAUUUGUUUCUCUAUGUUUGGCACCGCUGGAGGCCACCGAAAGUUGUGGCAGCUUUUUGGUUAAUUGGCUGAAGGAACAUUGGCAAGUCAUUACGGCCGGUGUGGGUAUUGCAUCAUGCAUUAAACUAUUGGUCUUAUAUGCACCCAAAGGAUUCCUGUGUGCCAUUUGGCGCUUGGUUGUAUUCUCUCAUUCGCUGUUUGUGCAAUUGAUUGGCUAUUUGAAUAUAUAUUUGUUGGUGGCCAUAAUUGCAGUCUACUUAACCUCCGUCUAUUUCUUUUGGCGUGAAUCGAAUAGCAAUCGUUUUGUAAUUGCCGGACAAUCUCUUUGGAUUGCCAUUGUCUCGUAUGGUUGUAGCUUUUUGGGAGCCUUACAGGUGCCGGCCUUCCUACUUAUUAUGCUGUAUGUGGGCGCUUCGAUAGUCUAUCAUUUACAAAAUACCGAAGAGUCCAGUUCAAUGGUGGAGAAAAUCAAAAAACUAUUGGAUCGUUCAGAUUUUGAAAAAUCCAUUAACUCUUUGCGGUUGUCGUCGUCGAAUAAAAAACAAAGCAUCCAUUCAGAUAUUGACGAUGUUUCGUUUAGUGAAACAAUGGAUUCAAUGGAAACAUUAGAGGCCUAUGAAGAUCAUGUCGAUCAUAAGGAUGAUGAGGAGGGCAGCCAUAUAAGUGGAACAUAUUUUAAAUUUUUAUUCUAUGCCUGUAUGGCUACAUUUUUGUAUCGCAAUGUCUGGAUGUUUAUAUUGGCGCUGAUACCGAUGUUUAUGCAUCUGCUCUAUCAAUUGGGUAUCUAUACGGGAUUUACGGACUUUGUGGCUGAGAAAUUAAAUGAUAUCUAUAAUAAAAUUAAGACCUGGGCCAUUGAACAUCACUCAGCCGUCCUGCCACUUUGUCUACCCGGUGUCUUGGAAUUAAAUUACAAAAUCAAUGGCAUUAUACGCAAUUCCCUGAAAUCAUCUGUGGAUUUGGUCACCUCCAUUCUCAUGAUAAUUCUUAUGAUUUUAAUUAUCGUUUUCUUGGGUGUAUUCUUCUGUGUUAACAUCUAUUCGGAAACAAUAGAAGUUGCCUAUUUGGGCAAGGAUUUAAUUAAUAAAACCAUUACCGAUCGUCCAGAAUUAAUUGACAUCUUACCAGCGAAUAUUCAAUCCUCCUUAGAUGAUGCUUUAGAUAAUGCUCAUCAUUAUGGUCGGCGUAAAAUUGAGACGUACAUAGAUGAUUGGUUAACCGAUGCUGAUCCGGUACAUGCCACAAAGCUGAAGGAACAAAUACUGGAUGUAUGGGAUCGGUUAAUACAAUAUUGGAUAGAUUUCAAUAAAUCAGAUUCAUAUGGACCCCGAGUCCCAACAGAUGCUCUAAAAACAACAUUCGGUGAAAUUGUCGAUAAUCCUGGACAUUUUAAAGAGCUAGUUUUAGUGGCGAAACAGGGCAUCAUUGGCUGGGCCAAAAGCAAUACGCAGACGAUAAUGGAAGUGGCCGAAUCACUGUGGCACAUUAUUCGCACCAAUCUCUCGAUGAUAAUGGCAUUUACGGGUGAAAUUCUAUCGCUGGUGUUGUCUGGAGGACAGGCAUGUGUGGAAUUCAUAUUGGAUAUGAUUGUCUUCUUCACAGCCUUGUUUUAUUUGCUCUCGAGUUCCCAAACAAAAUACGCCCCUCUACAAGUAACCAAAUACAUUGGUUUCUCUACAUCCGGUUCGAAAAUUGCUGAUGCCCUGGAGAAUUCCAUUUCUGGCGUCCUAAUAUCAAUGUUCAAAUGUUCGCUGUUUACGGGCCUAUUUACAUGGCUGGUACAUACCGUAUUUGGGGCCCGUAUUGUUUUUCUGCCCUCAGCAUUGGCUGCGAUUUUAUCUGCUGCUCCUUUCUUGGGUUCUUAUUGGUGUGCAUUGCCAGCUCUCUUGGAAUUAUGGUUGGCCCAAGAUCGUCUUUAUGCUGGUAUUGCAUUAUUUUUAUUGCAAUUCUUUGUGCCACCGUACUUUGAGGCAGCCAUCUAUGCCGAAAUGAAGGGUGGUGGCCAUCCCUAUUUAACUGGCUUGGCAAUUGCUGGCGGCAUGUAUUGGAUCGGCUGGCAGGGUGCCAUAUUUGGCCCAUUAUUGUUAUGUUUCUUUAUUGGCUUAUUUGAAGUAGCUGCGGUCGCUAUGCGUUCGAAUGGAGAUGUCAGACGUAGCUCUGAUGAAGAUACUCGUACAACGUGAGUUUGCUUCCAUUUAGAUGUUGGCAUCUUAAAAAACCA